CAUGAAGGAUUAUAAACGACUACCGAAUUUUACAAAUUAAUGCAAUGUAAAGUGAAAGUUUAAACUUGGCAGAACAAUUAAUCUUUCGCUUCAGGCAUUCAAAUUCAAAACAAUCAUCCCGCUAACUCGGUAGGUAAAGAAGAUAAUUUGUUUUGAUCUUACAAAACUGGCGGGCCAGUGCGUAGACGGUUGCUAUAAUAACUUUAUUGUUAAAGUUCUUAAGGUUUGAUGUGUGUCGAUCAUUUAUAAAGAUGGUUUUCUUUAUUACUUUGUGCAUGGGAAUCAUUAAAUAAAUUUAGCGUAUCUCGCAAAAGUUGAUUAUGUUGUAAAAUUUGAUUUAUAUAAAAAUUCAAAGUUCCAUCGAGGUUAUAUUUACAAUAUAUGGACACUAUAGUUUUGUAGUUAAUAAUCAUUUAACAAUAAUUUUCAUAAUAUGGAGAUUUUCGAACUUAGUGAUUCUGAUGAGGAGAACUCGCUAAAAUAUCAGGCUCCUAACGAUUUAGACGUAGGUGCUGAUCCAAGUGAUUUUGAAUUUCAAUUUCCUAGUUUGAAUUUGAAGGCUAUCAACUAUGUGCCUCAAGAAAAAUCUAAAUGUAAAAAUGAAAUCAUCAGUAAGAGUACAUCUACAAAUAUGGAAGUACAAAUAAAUUCACCACUCAAAAGAAUAACACCUGAAAAAUCAACAAAAAGUUCAAUUACAAGUAAAAAAAGUAAAUCUGAAAGUGAUUCUGAUUACAAGACUCAAUAUAAUGAUUUAGGCCCAAAUAUUAACAUUAAGGAAAUAAAUAAUUUAAAUUUAUUAAAUAAUGCUAAUAAAGAUGAAACUGGAACUAAUAAAGCUAAGAAGAGAGAGAAGAGUGCAUCAAUAAAGACAAAGAAAGUCGACGAAGAAAAAAAAAGGAAGCAACAGGAAAAACAACAAGAAAGGCUAAGAAAAAAAGAAGAAGCUGCCAGAUUAAAAGCAGAAAAGCAAUUGCAUGCCAAAAAUCGCUUGGUCAUAAAAGCUGAUUACAGUAUGAAAAUGAUGGAGAUUAUUAUUGACAAUGUUAUACAAAGUUUAGAUUUCUUUACUAAUUUUCUAAAAACUGUAGAAGAUACUGACAUUAAAUAUAAAGUUCAAUCACAAGUAAUACCAAAAAGUAUAACUUGGAACAGAACUGUAGAAGAUUACUAUAUAAAUGAUCAGCAUGAAGUGUGUUCACGUACAAAAAUAGUCAAUGAAGAUCAUGUUUUAGUUAUUUGGGAUCAUGAAGAAACAAUUAAUCAUAUGGCUAAUGAUACUUUCAUUUCUGAAUUAUCCAUAAUAAAGUCUCGCAUGCCUGCCAAAAAUUUAUUUUUAGUUAUUUAUAAAGUAGAAACUUAUUUUAAGUUUAGAAAAAAUGCUAAGGGCCGAGCUAUGCAAGACGACAUAUGCAAUGGAUUAGUUGAAGAGAGAAAGAGGUACAAAUCAAACGAGGAGAAAGCUUUAGCAAAUCUUCCGAAAAUCUCAAAAAAGAAAUUUGAAGAAAUUUUGCUUGACAGUCAAUUAGACCUUAAUGUUACUAGUAGAUUAAUAGAAAAUCCAGAAGAAAUGGCUUUGUUGAUUCAUCAGUAUACGAGAUCGUUGGCGCUUUUGCCUUCGAAAAUAGAAAAAAGACAGGAUACAUCUAAAGUUGACUGGUUCAUUAAUACAGACAGUAGAGACACAGUUAAAGUUGACAAAGAUGGUAAUGGUUUGAAAAGAUUAUGGCAGCAACAACUUUGCCAGUUCACUCUAAUGAGUUUAGAAUCAGCAGAAGCCAUCACUUCAAUUUAUAAAAGUCCAGUACAAUUGAUUGAAGCUUAUGCUAACUGCACUUCGGCUGAAGGAGAAAUAUUACUAAGGGAUGUUCCUAUAAGACGAGCUGCGGGACCUAUAACUUCUAUAAGAAGAAUUGGUCCAGAAUUGAGUAAAAAACUAUAUGUAAUGUUUACAUCAAAAGAAGGGAAUAUUUAUCUAAAUGAAUAAACUUAAGGCUGUUCCUCAACCUUAGAAUUUAGGACAAGUAGUUUCCCACUGGGUCUUCGAUUUUUAGUAAGAAUUAUCGAUGGAUUUCUGUUGACAUCCGCUUCAUCAGUUCUUUUCGCUAUGAUAAAUUUGGUGUAUUUGACA